GGUACAGGAAAAACGUUCCUGGUUAAACAGAUAGCGAAACACUUGAGAAGCUUGGGAAAAACGGUUGCUGUGUUAAGCACAACAGGCGUGUCAGCUAAUGCACUGCUGGAGCAGGGAGGAUUGACGAUCCACCGAUGAGCUGGAAUGGGAGAUGGCCGGUACAGUGCCGAACACCUGGCUCAGCUAAUCACCACUGACCAUGCCUACACAACCGUACGAAACAACAUCAUGUCAGUUGAUACCAUUCUAAUUGACGAAGUCUCUAUGCUUAGUCUAAAAACACUGGAAACAUUGGAAACAGUUUGCAGAAAGCUAAGGUCAUCGAACCUCUUCUUUGGUGGUCUACAAAUCAUACUGACUGGGGAUUUUUAUCAGCUACCUCCAGUGCCCAAUCCAGAAUAUGGUGACCACGGUCAAUUUUGUUUUCUGUCUGACGCCUUCAUCUGCAUCCAACACCAGCUGCAGCUUGUCGAGGUGCUUCGCCAGCAAGAUGAUGCAUUAAUCACCUGCAUCAACGAGCUAGCUAGGGGUGAAUAUUUAUCCCAAGGCUCUUGCUCUCUUCUGGCUGAGGUAGCUCGCUCUUUGAAGGCGUCAGGGCAGCUUGUUCUAUUUGCAAGAAAUUUCGAUGCUGAGCUAUUCAACGCAGACCAGCUCAGCCAGCUGCCAGGAAAGCAAACCAUGUACACGGCAACGGACACUGGAAAUAGUCAGGCAUUGAAAAGAAGGGCUAGAGUGCCAAAGUAUGUUGCUCUGAAAGUCGGCGCACCUGUUGUUCUGACCACUAACCUGUCAGAACAACACUUCAAUGGCCUGUUAGGUACCGUGUCAGAAAUUACACCUGAUGGCCCACUCGUCAAGUUUUCAUUCCAAAUUCAUCAACAGGCAAUACUGAUCAGACCUCACCUAUCGUCAAUUUUUUCACCGGCGCAUCAGAAGGUCAUUGCAACACGGAAGCAGCUACCCUUACUGCUUGCGUUUGCAAUGACCAUCCACAAGUGUCAAGGCAUGACACUGUCAUCAGUAGAGGUCCACUGCCAACACAUCAUUGCAGCUGGCCAACUCGGAGUCGCUGUCGGGAGAGUAACGAGCAGGGCAGGACUUUGAGUGGUCGGCUUCAAUCCACACUGCGUGACUCCAC